AUGUUGAAACAAGUAACACCGGAGAAAGUUAUCCACAUUGUUUGGCUUAGUGCCGCUUUAUCUUUCUGUUGGCCGCUUCCUAUUAGUAGCAGCAGAACUCGAGUCCUUGGUUUCAAAAUUCUACAAAUAAGUGCAAUUAUUAGUGCUUGCAUGUUACUUCUGCCUAUGUUAUAUUCGAUUUAUUUGCACCCUGAUGACCUGGUCGUUGUUUUCAAAUGUAUGUGCAUGUCAACAGCUUUGUGUCAACUUAUCGUUCAGACUACUAUGUGUUGGAUUAAGCAAGACUCUCUACAACGUACAGUUAGAGAAAUGAUGAUUUGUGUUAAAGAAACGCAACAGUAUGAAAAGGAAAUUUUCUAUAAAUAUAUCACGAGAUGCGACAUGUUGUGCAUAUGUACCAUAGUAUGUAUGUACGCGACUGCGACUGGAUUUUCAUUGGGACCUGCAAUCUUGCCAAUUUCUUUUCCAGCCGAUGCGGAAUAUCCGUUUCGCGUUAACUAUACGCCAAUGAAUAUUAUUAUAUAUGCGCAUCAAUCUAUCCUUAGCUACCAAUGCGCUGCACAUAGUUGCGUGAGCAUAUUUGGAGCGCUACUGCUUUGGUUCACAGCCGCAAGAUUCGAAUGUUUGGCUGUGGAAUUAGAGAAAAGUACAAGUAUCAAUACGUUAAUUGUUUGCAUUAAAAAGCAAUUAUCUUUAAGGAGGUAAAGGCAACAUUUGGUAAUUAUAUCGAUCAGGGCGCACAUCACCAAUUUCAAGUAUUUUCAAAUAUGUUGUCAAGGCUGUAGUUUUCAACGUGCAAAGUAAAAAUAUUUUGUAAGCUUUU